AUGCAAUAUUAUAAGAUGCUAUAUUUAGCACCUAUCCAUGCCAUACAAACUGCGCUCUACAAACAUUAUUCAAAGAAGAAAGAACUGCAAGAAGAGACGAAAGAGAUUUAUAAGAAGAUAAUACUUUUGAACAGAAGACCGGGACUAUCGAACGACCGGGUGCCACGCUGUGCUCUCUCAGGAUGUAUGGCGAGUGAACACAGCUGGUGGUAUCUCAGUUGUUCCUUAGUUCACUCCGCUUUGCUGGAUAUGGAAGAAUAA